AAACAGCAAAUGUACCAUUCUCAGCUCCUCUCCCACUUCCAUAGUUUCUUUAUAUAUAUGAGAUUGAAGCAAAUUAGAUCAAAGGGAAGAAAAGGGUAGAAAAAAAAGGAAAAGAAAUGCCUCUCCUCUCAUCCUCUAAAGCUAUGGGUUACUCACCAACUAAAAACUCUUCCUCUAGACAAACUCCUUCCUUUUCCUCCUCACCCUCCUUCUCUUUGUGCUCGUUUUCAGAGUUUCCCGUUGACUCCUCGCUUGGUCCAGCCACCCCGCCUCGCCUCACCGGCGUUCCAUUUUCUUGGGAACAUUUGCCAGGAAUACCCAAGAAACCUAGUCACAAGAGAAAGGACUCCAAAUUAUUCAAAAUCCUUCCCUUGCCUCCUCCUACCUCAAAAAGAUUCAACAUGAAGGAAGUUAAGAAGAAUUCUAAUGGAUGCUUUGGAAAGGAUCCUUUCUUUACUGCAUUUAUUGAAUGUUCAAAGGUUGAUGAUAAUGGUGAAGAAGCAUCUGGUAGUAACUUUUGGAAUGGCUCUAAGGUUUUAAGAAGCAUUAGUGGAAGAUUUGGCUUCAUAAAUCUUCACACUUCUUGUAAAAGAACUUGUGCUGUUUCUGAAUCAAUAGUUCGCAUUUCAAGAUCAAGAAGACAUCAAAUGAUCAUAUAAUUUCAUGCAGAUCCAGAUGAUAUUAAGAUCUUCAUCAUUGAUCAUUAGCUUCUGUGGAUUUGGGUUCAUAAUGUUCUUACAUAUGUCAAAUUAAGGUAUUCCAUUUGCUGUCUUGUAAUUUUCUUUUUUUUUCUGUUGUCUCUUGAUAUGUGAGGGGAAAGCAUAUGUCCCCAGAAGCAAUAAAUUCAUUGUAAUAUGUCAAUAUAACUUGAAAAGAUUUAAAAUUUAGUA